CUUCACAGUACAACCACUGAACGAACCUACUCAUGCAUUUUAACGAAACCACUGCGAUUUUCAUAUAUAAGUAAACAAACACAGCGGUAGCUACGUUGUAACGAAACUUCAACGAAACGUCCGCACUGUCGUGGAACUGUAAUAAUAAGUGUAUUAUCGUCGUUGAGAAACCUCGAGUUACACAGCAGUUUACUGACAGUUUUAGGUUAGCUAGCACUAGCUAUUCUGUUGGUAGUAACCAUAGGCUAGUAGUAAUAAGAUAGCUAGCUACGGUACUCGGUGAUCGCUAACAACAGCGGUGGAAGCUGCUGUAAUUAACCGCCAGCUACAGUAAAAGUUCAAGUUUAUAUCAAGCUGGAAAAACGAUGGCAUCAAUGGCGGCCCACGAGCCAACUUUAGGCUCAGGCUCAGUUACUCUUCUUGCAGACGCAUUAGUUCCCGCGAGCAUAUUCGCGCCUGACCGUGGAUUAUACGGGGAUGACACCGGGGACGAGUGCUUCGAGGACGGUGACAUUUUCAACGGCGAGUCUGGGGAUCAUGGAAUUGACUUCACCAGCAAGCUGGCUCUGGUGAGCCCAAAUGGAGAGCAGUAUGACUCCCUACUACGGCAGCUACGAGAGCGGAUGGAGGAGGGGUGCGGAGAGACCAUCUACGUGUUGGGGAUGGGCUCAGGUGAGACACACACCCUCAGAAUGUCAACGGGGGGGGACUAUGGUCUGGAGCAGCAGGACAUGGAGGCCUCGGUGGCCACGGUGCGCUCGCUGUGCGAGCAGGGUGGACGCCGACCUCAUCCCCUGAGGGAGCGGACGGAGGCGGGCGGGCAGAUCCGGGACUUCCUCAUCCGGUGCCGCGUGGGGGAACUGGACUUCCUGGAGCUGUCCGUGCCCGUGGCCCCCCUGCAGGGUGGCGGUGGGUGGGGGAACGUGGACGCGGGGAAGAGCACCCUGCUGGGCGUGCUGACCCACGGCGAGCUGGACAACGGGCGCGGCUUCGCCCGCCAGAAGCUGUUCCGACACAAGCACGAGAUGGAGAGCGGACGCACCAGCAGCGUGGGGAACGACAUCCUGGGCUUCGACCCACGAGGCCAGGUGGUGAACAAGCCCGACAGCCACGGGGGCAGUCUAGACUGGACUAAGAUCUGUGAGAAGUCGUCCAAGGUGAUCACCUUCAUAGACCUGGCCGGCCACGAGAAGUACCUGAAGACCACCGUGUUCGGCAUGACCGGACACCUGCCCGACUUCUGCAUGCUCAUGGUGGGCAGCAACGCGGGCAUCGUGGGCAUGACCAAGGAGCACCUGGGGCUGGCCCUGGCCCUGAACGUGCCCGUGUUCGUGGUGGUCACCAAGAUAGACAUGUGUCCUGCCAACAUCCUCCAAGAACGUUUAAAGCUGCUCCAGAGGUUACUCAAGUCUCCAGGAUGUCGAAAGAUUCCUGUCCUGGUCCAGAACAAGGAUGAUGUCAUCGUCACCGCCUCCAAUUUCAGCUCUGAGAGGAUGUGUCCCAUCUUCCAGAUCUCCAACGUGUCGGGGGAGAACAUGGAGCUGCUGAAGAUGUUCCUGAACCUUCUCUCCUCCAGGACCUCCUUUAAAGACGACGAGCCCGCUGAGUUCCAGAUAGACGACACUUACUCAGUACCGGGUGUAGGUACAGUAGUGUCAGGGACUACUUUACGUGGAGUGAUACGUCUGAACGACACCAUGCUGCUGGGACCAGACCCCCUGGGCAACUUCAUGCCCAUCGCUGUCAAGUCCAUCCACCGCAAGAGGAUGCCUGUGAAGAUGGUGAGAGGAGGCCAGACCGCCUCCUUCGCCCUCAAGAAGAUCAAGCGCUCCACCAUCAGGAAGGGCAUGGUGAUGGUGUCCCCUAGGCUCAAUCCACAGGCAUCCUGGGAGUUUGAGGCGGAAAUCCUGGUGCUGCACCAUCCAACUACGAUAUCCCCUAGAUACCAGGCCAUGGUCCACUGUGGGAGCAUCAGACAGACAGCCACCAUCCUCACCAUGAACAGGGACUGUCUGAGGACGGGGGACAAGGCGGCGGUCCACUUUCGCUUCAUCAAGACCCCGGAGUACCUGCACCCAGACCAGAGGCUGGUGUUCAGGGAGGGCCGCACCAAGGCUGUGGGCACCAUCACCAAGCUGCUCCAGUCCACCAAUCACCUUCCGUCUAACUCCAAACCUCCGCAAAUCAAAAUGCAGUCCACGAAGAAGACCCCGCCCCACAAGGAAGAGGGGAGCACGCCGGCCAAUGAGGAGCCUUCGAGCACGGCCAGGCCAGCCAGCCCCUCCUCUUUACAACACCUGGGGAAGUGCGGCGGCGGCGGCGGCAGGAGGAGAGGAGGACAGAGGCAUAAAGGGAAAGGCCAGAUGGGCUCUGUGGCAGCCCCCUCGUCCACAGGCACCGGGGGGUCCUAAAAACCAACCUGUUCACACCCCCACCCCCCCUCCCCCCUCCCCCACACACACACACACACUGUUCACCCCCACACACACUGCUAGCACGCCCUGAUCGGGUGUCUUUGUUGCGCACAGAAACGGUCUUAUAAGAGACCAGGUUCAAAAAAUUAAUUUAAAGAGAAUGAUAUUAUGCAGAACCAGAGGGACGCCUGUUUGGCUGUGUGUCCUCAAACACUAAUGUCCCUACGGGGGGACACAGCUCCGGGACUUUAAAGCGCUGGGCUCCAAUUCCAAAACCAGACCUUCCUAAGCCCUGGAUGACUCAUCCAGCUAUUGAAGUUCUGACGUCAUCGUUACAAGUGAGGGAUGAAUGCACAUGUUCCUUCCAACAGCACUGCUUUUAAUGAGGUGUCAGGGAUGUAUUUAAGGGGACCAUGUUUUAGGUUUUGAAUUUGUCCAGAAUGUGACGUUACACGAGGUGGUGACAAUAGGCUGGAGCCCUAGGUGGGGGCUAGCUAAAGGCUAGGUGGAGGCUAGCUGGAGGCUGAGGCUAGCUAGAGGCUGAGGCUAGCUGGAGGCUGAGUCUAGCUAGAGGCUGAGGCUAGCUGGAGGCUGAGGCUAGCUGGAGGCUGAGUCUAGCUAGAGGCUAGCUGGAGGCUAGCUAGAGGCUAGGUGGAGGCUAGCUAGAGGCUAGCUAGAGGGCAGGUGGAGGCUAGCUAGAGGCUAGGUGGAGGCUGAGGCUAGCUAGAGGCUAGGUGGAGGCUAGCUAGAGGCUAGGGCCCAGUAACAAUAUGAGCAGCUAAUUGCGACCCCCUCCCUACCGCUUCACAGCAGUGGCAACGAGUGGAAGACAACCAUUUUUGUUUUGUAACUCAAAUCUUUUUCUUUAUUUUUAAUCCUGUUAAUGUCCCCAUCUCAAAAGGGACCGUCAUCAGAGGGAUGGGGUAGCGCAUAUGAAGGACUGGAUAUAAUGGGGUGUCCAAUUGAGGGAAGUAUUUCAUCAGAACAUGAACGCUGAUGAGACUUAACCGUCUUGUGAAGUCUGAAGGAAGAGUCAGAGGCG